AUGACCGACGGAAACGAUUCUUCCUCUGUCGGCUUCUCCGAAUCUUCUCAACCAUCCGCCAAUGGCUCCUAUCCAAGCACCAACGGACACGUCAGCCAGCCUGACGGGUCAGCUACCGCGAAGGCUACGCCAGCUGCUAUCCCAGACCGCACAGAUGGGCAUAUGUCCAUUGACAAUCGCGAAUCGAAGACAGACUUUUCGAGGCAAGGCUUGUCACUACAAGGUUCAGCUGAUACUUAUUCUGGAAAGGCGGCGAAGCUUAGUACGCCAGGUGGGACGGAAUCGGCGGAGUUGGCACGACGAGCGAGUUUGGAACGGAACUGGUUGCGACAGUGCGCGCCGAUUUUCCUGCAUCCGACGCACGACAUUCGCGCGGGACACGCGCUCGUGCGCGUGUUUUUCCGCUUCGUGCAGGAGGGGGAGGAGGCGGAAGCCCGCUCGCGCGGAAAGGAAUGGACGGACUAUAUGGCAGGGGGGGAAGAUUUCGUGGAAUGGGAAGAAGCAGCAGGAGCAUGCGGGAAAACCGGGGAACGUGAGGGGGAGAAUGGAGUGGAACUAGCGCCAGAGUUAGUAGGAGAUGUUGGAGAGAAGGGAGUAGAGGCGAGGGGUGAAGCUGUUAACGGGGAUAACGGUGAUGACUUGUUGUGCGAGCUGGUGGUGGUGUACGAGGUGAGGCAGGAGAAGUUUGGACGAACUGCUGACAUUGACUAUUUAACGAUAACAGGUGUCAACCUCUCAUUGGACCCCAGCACGAAGCCAUGGAGGAGCGUACGCACCACCGACCACUGCGGCACUCAGACAUGGUCGCAGGGCAAGAAGGCCGAUCUAGCGUGGUGGCUCUCUCUCUUCCAUCACUACACUGUGGACCUGCCCUAUGAGGACCUGCAGAAGGACGAGCAGGCGAAACACCGCCCUAUUAUUUAUGUGAACACAGCGAACCAUCUUAUGGGGGAGACAAACGCCAACCCCCAGUUCCCACUAACCACCUGGAAGCAUUACCCCCUACACCGAGGGGGUCCCCCUGAGGCUGAGCUCUUUGCACGGAAGAGCAUACUGAGCAAGCCCAUUCUGUGGAACCCUUUCCCUGGAUGUUUGAGUCGUUCUUGCACAUGA